AUGGACGCGGCCGCCGCCGCCGCGGAGGGUGCCGAGCCCGUGCCAGCGGAAGGCGCCGCCGCUGGCGGCGGUGCCAUGGCCGCACAAGGCUCACCGUCCGCGGCGGAGCUGAAGGCGGAGGGCAAUGCCGCGUACCAGCGCCAGGACGUCCAGGCGGCCGUCGGCUUCUGGAAUGCCGCCCUCCGCGAGCACGUCGAGGGCCUCGGCCGCGGCGGCGGCCCGCCGUCCCUGUCGCAGGAGUCCCGGGCGCUGGAGCUCUCCCUGUACCUCAACCUGGCGCAGGGCUACCUCAAGCUCGGGGACCCCGGCAAGGCCCUGCGCGCCUGCCAGGUCGCCGCGGGGGAGGACCCGGGCAACGCCAAGGCGCACUUCCGCGCGGCCGAGGCCUGCCUGGCCCUCUCGCGCCCCGGCGAGGCGGAGCGCUGGCUGGCCCCGGUCGCGGACGCGCAGGGCAGCGGCAGCGAGGCGGCCGCGCUGCUCCGGCGGGUGAGGGCGGGCCGGGCCGCGGAGGCCAAGAGGGAGAGGGAGGUGGCGAAGAGGAUGGCGGCCGGGGCGCUCGGCUUCUCGGAGGGCCGCGAGGCGUCGGAGGGCCCGGGGGGCGCCGUCGCGGGCGCCCUCCUGCAGGACCCCGCGAGCAUGGCGUGCGGCGCCCACGUCGCCGAGGCCGCGGCGCGGGCCGCCCAGGCGCGCGAGACCCGGCUGCACGCCGCGGCGGACCCACUGCCGGAGCCGAGGGUGGACGACCUGGACGCGUUCCGAGCAAAGGUCCUCGCCAGGUCGCGCAGGAUGAACAGCUCGAUGCAGCGGAGCCUCAGGGGGCGGGACAGGGCGCAGGGCUCCCUCAGACUGGAGUGGCUGCGCAGCGGCCAGGACGCGCCAGCGCCGGCGCGACCGAUGGAGACGGUCCGCGGAGGAUGGACGAGAUGGACUGAGCACCCUUUGGAGCUCGGCGGUGUGUGGCUGGCCUCCCUCGUGGGCGCCUGA